AUGUCGUUUCAGCAUAUCCCGGUUCUCGAUCUUCGGGAUGCAUUCAAUCCCGAUACUAAAGCACAAUUCCUCAAUAAGCUUCAGUAUGCUCUUAUCCAAGUCGGGUUCCUCCUCUUGAUAGGCACCAGUGAAGCUGGAGUGGGUCCAUCACGAAAAGAGUUUGACGACAUCAAAGCCGAAGCAGAAAAAUUCUUUGCCUUGCCCGAACAAGUCAAGUUGGAUUGUGAGAUGAUCCAUUCGAAGCAUUUUCUCGGAUAUUCCCGUUUGAGUAACGAGAUCACCGCCAAACACGCUGACUGGCGGGAACAGAUUGAUCUUGCCACUGAACUUGAUCCUCCGAAACCAGGUGAACCGCUUUACAAAAAUAUUGAAGGGCCUAACUUAUGGCCUGACGCCAAAUACGUCCCCCUAUUCCGUCCAGUGGUGGAGAAUCAUAUUGCCAAAAUGACUCAGCUUGCGGAUACAUUUCGUCAUUUAGUCGCUGAGGCUAUUGGCCUUCCCCCUGAUGGUUUCGACAAGUUCUUUAAGGAAAAUCAACAAUGCAAAAUGAAGCUUAUCGCCUACCCUGACCAAGCCGAACUAGUUGGAAAAUCAGCAGUGGCAAUGGAAGACACCCCUGGCGGGCAAGGCUGUGGCCCUCACCGUGAUCUGGACUUUAUGACGUAUAUUUAUCAGGCAACACCCCACCUGAACUCGCUUGAAGUGCAAAAUUAUCAGGGUGAAUGGAUUUCAAUCCCCUACGUUGAGAACGCAUUAGUGGUCAAUACCGGUCAAACGAUUGAGACCAUCACUAAUGGCGUGUGCAAAGCUACCAUCCACAGAGUGAUUACUCCGAAACCCGGUACUGGCACCCGUAUUCUGAUUCCGUUUUUCCUGACGAUCAAUCUAGAUGCCUACAAAGUAGCGGUGGAGAAUAUUCCCAAUGACGUCACCGAUCAAAUCAUCGAACGCGACCGCCAGCAUGCGGUAUGGGGGUACGACACCGGGUUCCAGUUCCGUCCCGACGUGCUGAAACAGCCUGUAGGGGAAGCAGUGUUCAAAAACCGUAUUAAGAGUCAUCAGGAUGUCGCUAAGCGGUGGUACCCUGACGUACUUGAACUGGUAUUAUUGGAGUAUUGA